AUGGGUGGCGUGAACUUCGUUGCCAAGUGCUGCUAUGAUACGAGCUACAAUGCACGGGCACAGACAGGCAAGAAGACAGUGAUCAUCACGCACGGGAUUGCUGCGUGUGCGCUGCAAAACCGGAUCUUGCCAGGAACCGACGCGGGUUGUUACCUCCCGUGCUGCCGAGGUCCGGGCUGGAACCUGGCAUGGGCGUCCAUAGAGGCGAUAGCCACAUCCCCUGAGCUUCUACGGAAUACCCUGGAACUGGAGCAAGUGGAGGGCAUGCUGAAGAGUGGGCGUCGAGUCUUCGUCACGAAGGAGCAAGACGGGGUUGAGGUUCAGCCUUAUCCUGGCUUAGAUGGAAUCGCCGCGAUCAACCCUGCCGAAGAAGUGAUGGUUCCCGUGCUUUACGAGCUCAUCGAGAAGCUCGUGGACAGCUAUCGCCUUCAGUCUGCAAACUAUGACUGGCGGCGGUGGGGGGACUUAAGCUUCAUGGAGUGCUAUGCAGAAUCCCUGGCACGGCAGGUGGAGGAAGAGUUCGCGCUGACGAAGCAGCCGGUGACGCUGAUUGGCCACUCCAUGGGCUGUUCAGUGCUUCUGUAUGUGCUGAGCUGCAUGGGCAGCACCUGGCAGCAGAAGCACGUGGAUAAAGUGAUCUUCAUUACCCCAGUCAUCAUGGGCUGCCCCAAAGGUUGCUCUGCAUACUGUCACAACCCCAUUGGCAUUCUCUCCGGCCUGGGCACCUUGCCCGAAGCGGUCGAGAAUUUCUGGAAGAAGGCCACCAUCUGCUCCCCUGCCAUGGGGUGUUUGCUUCCCCUAACAGUCGGAGAUGUUGAGGCCUUUGACAGAAGCCAUCAGAUCGUCGUGACACCUGCACGAGGUUACACAGCCCAGGAGGUACCUGAGUUUCUGGGAGACAUGAAGAAAUCCUUGGGCCGAAAUGCUGCUCGAUUCGACUUCUUCCCCUAUGCCUUGGAGACCUGGGCACACCUUGUGCCGCCGGCUGUCCCUACACAUUUCCUGUAUGGCAGGAAUCUGGACACAAUCAACCAGCUCACCUUCCAAAGCAACGACUUUCAAGACAUUCCCAAGGUGACAGAAUACGUUCCAGGCGAUGGAACGGUGACUGCGGACAGCACUGAGAGAUUGCAUGCCGGAUGGGUCGCGAAAGGUGCGACGGUCUUUCUCCAUGGUGCCCCUCAAGGUUGUCAUGAUGAGCAUCUAAAGAUCGUCUCCUCUGAAUGGCAGUCGCCACAGGCGUUACUUCGGUCGCUGGGUGAGGAUCCGCUGGAUUGCUUUUGGCAUGACUUCGAUCAGUACCUGGAGAAGGUCCAACCCGGAGAGCGGCGCCAGCUCAUCCGGCAGAAUUUCAUGGAGUUCCACCGAGGCAUGGUCCAAAAUCCCAGCUUGGACGAGCUGGAGGAUCUGGCCAAAAAGAUCUACGACUAUUUUCAGGAAGAGGAGAUAAAGCGAGCAGUUCAAACUGCUGAGGCGGUGAGUGCUGCAGGAGCAAACUCCUCAGCUACUGGAAUGCGGCAGUCACACGAGUUGCCGCUGAAUUAG